AGUAGUGUUCAUUUGUCUGUCGAUGAGGGGAGAUAAUAUCAAAAUUGUGCGAAGUUGAGAGAAAGUGAAAACGUAGUCCUGUGGUUACGUGAAAAAAUCUGGCCUCCAACUGUUUCGGUUUUCUUUGCAUGUCGGCGAUUCUGUCAGUGAUUCCGAGACAGACAGAGUGAGAGAUCUUCAUCGCAUUUAUUAAUCCAAUAUCUGAUUUAUUUUUUUUGCAAGGGAAAAAAUCUCACGAAAAUUCUUGGGGGAUACUUGCGCUUCCGACCACCUAGAAGACAAUCUUGGUUAAGUAGAAAGGUGCUCCGCCAGAGCAGUUUUUCAGUGUGUUGUCAGGAUUGUUCAUUAUAACACAGUCUUCUUCAUCGUCUCUCAUAAAUAACAAUGUCCUCUUAUUUGUUCAGAUUGACACAGAAGGUGGGCUUCAAGUUCAACUAUUUUACGCGAAUCUUCAAGUUCAAAAUAUGUGUUUGAGCUGAUCCGUAUAGUAUCAAACACUAACAGUUCAAGUCAGUUUAGCUGUAAGUAGGUACUCAAGAGUGUAACCAUCAUACACAUCAAGUUUGUCAUAUUUUCAAUAGUAAGUUAAACACCAUGGUGCUCGCUUCCUGCGAGGGAGCUGCAGCACGGCUCAUGGGCCGUUCCGCUGCGUCUCGCUUCUCUCAGCAGAGCUUCAUGAACAAAAAGAACGCACCACGCAGUGGUGCUUUUGUCAACUCCGCAAAUGUCCCGAUGUUCGUUGCCGCCGACUCACGCCUCGGCAGAAAUACCUACAUUCGUGCGCGAUUCUUUUCCUCGGAGAAGAAGAUGGUCGCUCCAGCCAUGGUCUAUAUUAGCGGGGAGGAGAUGACGCACUAUGCGUGCAACUUGAUGAUGGACAAGUGGAUAAGACCUAACAUCGACACCAAAAAUUGGGAAUACUACGACUUGUCCUGCAAAAGUCGCGACGCAACGGAAGAUAAGGUCCUCACUGACGCUGUGGAGGCAGGUGCGCGAAUUGGUGCGAUCUUCAAGGAGCCAACGAUCACACCGACAGCAGAUCAAGUGAAGGAGAUGGGUAGGAAAUUGAAUACGUAGUUGUCUUGUUCGUUGGACCUCCUUGAAGUCACUUCUAGUCUUGCUACGCCAACGGAAACUUCCACCUAGGCCUAGUUGCCUAGUACGAUUUUUAGUUGCUGUAAUCACCUCAAAAUCACUUUCGCAUCUGCCACAACAGGUCUCAAAAAAGCUUGGGGCUCCCCAAACGGUGCUAUGCGCCGAGGAUGGAACGGCAUUACGAUUUCCCGAGAUACUAUUCAUAUCAAGGGAAUCAAGCUCGGUUUCGACAGACCCGUCCUAUUCGAACGACAUGCUGUUGGAGGCGAGUACGGAGCAGGAUGGAAGGGCGUAGGUGCGGGAAGCAUUGAGACGCGGUACUACUUCUGGUUGAGACUGUGAUGUUCACCUUGGGCAAUCAAUGAUAAAGAAGCGAUUCUUCAUAGCAGCUCCUGCUUAUUCGAUUCUCACAUUCUUUUUUAACAACGCCAUUAGUUAUCUAAUAAAAACGUUUCAUUCCCCUUUCUCACCAGGUUCUACCCAGAUAAGAUGACAUCCCUUGAGGAUGCACGAAUUGUUGACACUCGAAAGUUGACGGAUGAUGACAAUGUUGUCGUCACCUACCACAAUCCGCUGGACAAUGUUGACGCAUUGGCUCACUACUUCUUCAAGCGAUGCUUGGACGCUCAAGUGACGCCGUACGUUGUCACGAAGAAGACCGUUUUCAAGUGGCAGGAGGGUUUCUGGCAAAAGAUGAAGAAGGUUUUCGAUGAACACUACGCAGAACAGUACAAGGUAAUAUUGAUUGCUGACUCUGCUGGGUUAUGUGUUUUCACUUCUGUGGUUGUUUCGACGCUACCUCGUACUACUAGUCUCGUCAUGUAUCCUCGAACCUGUAGUACUUGAGUAAAAACCGUAAGGAGCCGAUUAUGAUCACAGUUUUUUGCACCCCCAACAGAAAUCCGGUCUUCUCGACAAAACUGGCGGCGAAUUGCAGCACUUGAUCUCUGACGCUGCCACUAUGCAGAUCCUCCGCUGGACCGGUGGCGGUUUCGGAAUGGCCGCUCACAACUACGAUGGCGAUAUGCUUACCGACGAGGUCGCUCAGGUUCACCGAAGUCCGGGAUUCAUCACCAGCAACUUGAUUACGGGAACAAGUUGAUGUCACGUUUUUCUUUGCAUACUUUUUCUUUACGAUUUAUAUGCAGGAGCUUGACAGUUCCUCAUGAAAACAGAGCAAGGAUGUUCUUAUGGGAUACUUAACAAGUAUGCAGUGUGCAAUGUAUGCUAAUUAGGUGUCGAUGUUAGGUUUUAUGUUUAUCCACUUGUCCAUCAUCAAGUGUGCAAGUAUGCAGUGUGCAAAUUAGAACCCCGUUCUAAUUUGAUCGGUCAAAAAGCCGACGGCACCAUGAUCAAGGAGUUUGAGGCUUCCCAUGGAACAGUCGCAGACUUGUGGCACGCACAUUUGCGAGGAGAGGAGACCAGUUUGAACCCCUUGGGCUUGGCUGAGGCUAUGAUUGGCGCGAUUCAGCACAGUGCGAAAUUGGCGAUGGACAAGGGAGAGUGCCCAGAUGGCGAGGCAUUGAUCGCGUGGGCUAAUUAUGAAGGAGGGUUGAUUUCGAAUUCUAAAACCUCAGCCUGUAAUAUUGCCCGCCAAACGCUUUCCACAAUUCUUCCUCGAGCAUUUACCUCCUUCCUUGCAACAGAUACAGAAAAUGCUAAACAACUCCACAUAUCUAUCACCAUAUGAUCCCGCUUCGCUCUGAUAUCACCACCUUCCCCGAUCAUUCUUCCCAGAGCCACUUCCUUGCAACAGAUACAUCACACACUCUCUAAUCUCCCAAGCUCCGUGAUAGUAUGCACGCAUGCAUGGUUGCAGGUAAGGGAACGCGGGAUCUCUGCGGACCAAGUGGCGUUACGACUGAAGGCUUCAUCGACGUUGUCGCUGAACACAUGAAGACCGGCCAUGUCGAACCAGCUGUUGCGCCAUGCGUAAAGGGCGAAGCGGUAUUUAUAACUAUACUUACAUUGUGAUUAGUAAAGAGCCGAUAGGAGUGUAUACUUGAUGAUAACUAUGAUCUGCCCUUUUCUCUUUUCUAUCUUCCUCGGGUCUUUCUUUUUUCUAGUUAGGUCGGCUCCACCACAAUUUACUUGUCUGAUGAUGAGCCAGAAGUAGUUAGAGUACUUAGCGUCAGUACUGAGUCCAUCCUUUCCCUUCAUUGUUUACCAGUAAAACACAGUUCCAUUCACGACAAGGUCCUUGCCCAUCCUUCAAAAAUCAAAAAGAAACCUACUCUUACCAUCUACUCUACAGGCCGCCGCCGAUGUCGAUAUGGAUACCGUCAAGAAGAUGUUUGACGAGUAUGACAGCAACAGUGAUGGCACCAUUGAUGCGGAUGAGUUCACUCGAAUGUUGAUCAAACUCGGUGUCGCACCGAAGAAGCCAGAUGCGAUGAAGAAAGCCAUGUAAGAUUUUUGAGUCGUGAAGUCGUGAGCAUGUUGGGGAAAGAUGUGAUGGGUUUUGGGAGAAAAGAAACAACACGUGUUUUUGGCAGUGUCCUUUAGCUUUAUAAACACCUUGUUAGAGAACUAGCACGAAAAAAUUGAAGAUGAUCUUUAUUCUUUACAAAGCAUAGUUGUACUAGAGGAUUUUCUACUUCUACAACGACUCAAUGUUCAGGACGAAGCGCGAUGAAAGCGAAGUACCUGAACCGAACGGCGGGAAAUAAUAGGUAUCAAAGUUGUAGAUCUAGUAGAUAAGUGAUACGAGGUGAACAUCAAUCUAUGCAUCAUGUUUGAUACUCGUAGUAAUAAGUAGGUCAACAAUUUUUUUGCAAAUUGAAAUGCGCACGACUAGAAAGUGAUUAUUAUAGAUAUUUUUUCAAUAGUGCUGAUAAUUUUUUCGCAGGUCAAUCAAUUCGUAUCCUCUACUUGGCAAAAAUUAUAUAUGAAGUAAGUUCUUAAUUUUUUUCAGUAGAUCUUUAUUACUAGUUUUUGAAUGGUCAAUCAAUUCGUACCUAUCCCAGGGGUGGUAAGUGCAAUUCAAUUCGUCACAAUCUUCGGGAGAAGUACCGCAUUGAUUCUUCUACUUCUUUCGCAGCCUUGUUUUGAAAAAUAUAAAUAUAUUGUGACUCUCUGUUCUGACCGCAGAUGAUGAGCUUAACAAUGAACUCCUGCACAUCAAGUCGUGUCAUUUUAUAGCAGGUGAGACUUCGACUGCGGGUUUUCGUUACAUUAGUGGGAUCACACUUUCCAGCCCCCGGGUUUGGGUUCGGGCUUGGUCGUUAGAGUAUCUUCCAUUCGCGGCAUAUGAGCUCUAUGGUGCGGAUGGAGCAAGUCCGACGAAGACACGACCUUCCUCUUCACGUAGUAGAAGAUGGAUCAUGAACACACAGUUAAUAAAGCGUGACGCAACGUUUACAGUAAAUGUCCAGGCAGUAGAGGUAGACAAUGAUACGCCAAAAACAUGAUUCGCAUUGCGAGUGCAAGAUCGAACAAGACGAACAACUCAUAGUGAAUAAGCAUGGUAUCGCAAGAAUCAAAAUCAAGCAC